UGAUCUGCAGCCUUCAGCGUAGGUUGACUGGAGAGAAAACAAAAUGACAGGCACGAAAAUGUGAGGAAAUCAUCUCCUGCGCUUCAGAGAUGGGUGUCGGACAGGGAUAGUGUUUUGAGGAUGUGCUCAUUUCGUUCAUCCGUCUCAUGCCUUUUUCAUCUGUUUAUGGAUUAUUAUUAUCAUCAUCAUCAUCACUGCUGCUGUGAUUAUUAUUAGGCCAGGCGGAGGAACAUGGGGCUGUGCUACAGUCUGCGGCCCCGGCUAUUCGGGGAUCUGAGCGGAACCAUUUCCAGCGCGAACUCAGAGCCGGAGCAGCCGCCCGAUCUGCUCAUCCCGUCGCGGGGUGUCGGGGAAUCUCGGCGCGACGAGUCCGGGGGGAACAAGCCGUCUCCGGCUCCACUCCAGACGCACACGUACCAGUGGGACGCGGCCGGUAAAACCCCGCUCGGGGAGCGCAGGCUCGGGGGAGACGCCACCGCCGAUGGAGCGCUCAUCCAGAACGGAGGAGGCAACAAGGCCCCGGCAACCGUGAAGGACCGCAGCCGGAGGCUUCACCUCCUGCCCACAUCCAGCCACAAAGCCAAGAACCUGGACAGACCCGUGGAGGAGAAGGAGGCCGAGAAGGAGGCGCGGAAAGUCAGCAAGAACAUCGACCGCGUCCUCAAAGAGCUCAAAAGGGAAUAUAAACAAACCCACAGACUGCUGUUACUGGGCGCUGGAGAAUCAGGAAAAAGCACCAUUGUGAAACAGAUGAGAAUUCUUCACGUGAACGGUUUUAACGCAGAAGAAAAGAGACAGAAGAUCCAAGACAUCCGGAAAAACGUGAAGGAUGCGAUAGUGACGAUAGUGUCAGCAAUGAGCACUUUAAUUCCACCUGUCCCUCUCGCCAACCCGGAGGACCAGUUUAGGAUCGAUUACAUCAACAGCAUAGCACCGCUGUCGGAUUUUGACUACCCGCAGGAGUUUUUUGACCAUGCCAAGAAACUUUGGGAUGACGAAGGAGUCAAAGCGUGCUACGAGAGAUCCAACGAGUACCAGCUCAUCGACUGUGCACAUUACUUCCUUGACCGAAUUGAUGCUGUCAGACAAAGCGACUACACGCCAACAGAUCAGGACUUGCUGCGCUGCCGAGUUCUGACAUCAGGGAUUUUUGAAACGCGAUUUCAAGUCGACAAAGUAAACUUUCAUAUGUUUGAUGUUGGAGGUCAGAGAGAUGAGAGGAGAAAAUGGAUCCAGUGCUUCAAUGAUGUCACUGCGAUCAUUUUCGUGGUGGCGAGUAGCAGCUACAACAUGGUCAUUAGAGAAGACAACAACACAAACAGGCUACGAGAAGCGCUCGACCUCUUUCGCAGUAUCUGGAACAACAGGUGGUUACGGACCAUCUCGGUUAUUUUAUUCCUGAACAAACAGGACAUGCUGGCAGAGAAAGUAUUAGCUGGGAAAUCCAAAAUCGAAGACUAUUUCCCAGAAUACGCUCGCUACACCAUACCAAAUGAAGCAACUCCGGAGCCAGGAGAAGAUCCAAGAGUGACCAGAGCCAAGUAUUUCAUUCGUGAUGAAUUCCUGAGGAUCAGCACAGCAAGCGGAGAUGGACGUCAUUACUGCUAUCCUCAUUUUACGUGCGCUGUUGACACGGAAAAUAUCCGCCGGGUGUUUAACGACUGUCGGGACAUCAUCCAGAGAAUGCACCUGCGGCAGUAUGAACUCUUGUGAUCUGGUUUGCAAAAGCCAGAGCACUUUUUUUUUUCUUUCUUUUUUUUUUUUUUUGAAAGAACCCACUCCUAAGCAAGGCCAAAACCCAUGGACUACCUGUACUAUGACCUUAUUUCUGGCAGAUCCUCAGUUUCUUGUUUUAUUGUUGUUUUUUUUCCCAAACCCAUUGUUUAUCUGAAGGGGUGUAUCAUCUUUGUUGUUGUUGUUGUUUAUUAUUAUUAUUAUUAUUAUUAUUAUUAUUUUUUUUUUACUUUGUCAUUCCGCAAAACAUUUGGCAACCUUUUCAGUGUGUGUGUGUGCGCGCGCACAUUUUAUUCAUCAAAUUGACAGUUUAUCAGCUAAACCUACCAUAUUGGCCUCUUUUUGAGAUUUACGCUUACCAUUUGUAUUCCAUGUUGCUCGGCAACACAGGAUUGGGUCCGGCGUUGGACAACAUUUUCUGAAAAGUGCCAAUUAAUGGAAUUUUAACCAGGAAAAAAAAAAAACAAAAACAGAAUGACUUCCUGAGUCACUUGCAUCAGUAUUCUAUUAGCGGAGUGAAGCAUGCUGGUGGUAGCAUCACAUGGAGCUUUUCCAACGGCCUUGGUUUCUUGUUGCCAUCUUUACCGGGUCACUGAGUUUUAGUGGAUGGCGCCUACUAGACUCUUCUUGAAAGUGUUUUUUGGGGUUUUUUUUGUACUGAUAUGGUAAGUGAAGCAAAUAAACUGUUUGGUGUGUGUGUGUGUUUUUAUAAACACAGCCAGACGCGUGCGCACACACACUUGCAUCCACCAAUUUCAGGAUGUGGCACCAGAUUAUGACCCUUGGCUUCUUGGGCACACUGCUGCUCUUUAUCUCCGCUCUACGGAAGAGGUGAACACUGGGAUAAGACGUACAUAAGAAUACAAGCGACGCACUUUUGCACCAGGUUUGGCCUGACUGUGUUUUUUUUUACAGGUGGAUACACUCAAUGUAGCAUUGCAAUGUCGGAGUUAGAGCAUUAUUACAACGUUCUAAAGCAACCAUAACCCCUUCUGGUCUGUCCGUGCAUUUUAUUUCUGACCUUAGACCACUUUGGAUGAAGAUAUACAGUAUAUAAAUAUAUAUAUUAACACACACACACACACACUUUGUUUCUUGACUUGUACAGACAGUGCAAGCUGAUAUUUCUCUUGCACAGAUUCUAAAGUUAUUUUCUACAACUUUAUGGAAAGAGAGGUGGGGAAAAAAAAUCUACUUGUAGAUCUUUGUGCCUUCAAUAUGGCUGUACCUGUAAACAAAGCUGAGAUAUGUCUUUUUUUUUUUUUUUUUCGACUGCACUGUACAGCUUGAUGUCACUCUGUCAGCAGGAGGGACUGCCGAUGGGGACCUACUCUGUAAAUGUUCUUUCCUUUUUCUUUUUUUUUUUGUUUGCUUGUUUUGUUUGUUUAUUAAAAAAAACCAAAACUAAUCAGCAGUUUAAAAAAAAAACGCAAAAAGAAAAAAAAAAUCCAAAAAAUUCUGUAUACAUUAUGCAAAUUGACCACAUUAGCGUAACGUAAAAAAGCAACGUGCAUUAAAAAAAAAAAACAUAAAAAUCAGCUGAUCAAAAAUAUACAACCAGGUGUUGUUUUUCAUAGGGACCUUUUUCAGUAUGAUUGCAAUAUGUUUGUGUGAAGUGUGUAUGCAAGAGUGCACUGUUGGCACUCGCUUAUGUGUGUACAUGUAAAUUUAUAGGUCUAUAUAAAUAUAUAUGUACAAUUCUACAUGUUUAAUUAUGUGUGUCGACGUGUAUACAUGCCUUUCGAUGUAUACAAUGAAGAAGUGUACAUACACACAUAGAUAAGCAUGGGUGGAGUGGAAAUGAAUAAAUGAGAGUGUGCAAUACAGAAAGAGGUUGUGCUUGCGUCCAUGAACCCCAAGGAGCCCUGAUGUGUGAAUACUGAAUAAAACAAUGUUUAUUACGAAA